AUGAACAUCUCUAUGGUCCAUUACUCUCAUCAGGAAUUCAUCCUGUUGGGAUUUCCCAGCUUCUAUGAAUCUCAACACCUCUUGUUCAUCCCAUUUUUUCUCAUCUAUGUUGUGAUCUUGGUCGCCAACAUCAUCAUCAUCCACACGGUGUUGAUGGAAAGCUCCCUGCAUGCUCCUAUGUAUGUUCUCAUCUCCUUGUUGAGUGCCGUGAACAUCUGUGGCACAACUACCAUAGUUCCAAAGAUGCUCCUCGGUUUCCUCUCCUAUCAGAAUCACAUUUCGCUAGUUGGAUGUUUGACUCAAAUGUUCUUCAUUUACUUCAUCAUCAUGAUGGACUGCAAUAUCCUGCUGAUGAUGGCCCUGGAUCGAUAUAUUGCGAUCUGUAAACCACUGCAUUAUUCUAACAUAAUGACCAAGCACAACUUGUUCCUCCUGACCAUUGUGGCAGUAGUACGUGGCGUGUCCUUUGUAUGUCCUGUCAUCUACCUUGCUUCCAGGGUAGACUUCUGCCACUCAAACAUUAUUCACCAUUUUGCUUGCGAGCACAUGGCACUGCUAAGCUUGGCUUGUGGUACCAUCACCAAAAAUAAACUGGUGGGGUUGUGCCUGAGGGUCUUCUCCAUGCUAUUUGACAUGAGCUUCCUCUGUACCUCGUACGGCAGCAUCAUGAGUGUAGCACUGACCAUAUCUGGUGCUGCAAGACACAAGUCCCUCCACACAUGUGGGACACACAUCCUGGUCAUCCUGAUCGUCUACUUCUUCAGGCUGUCAUCAUCCAUUGUCUACAGGGUGUCUCGAUCGGUGUCUCAAGAUACACACAAUCUUCUGUCUGCCAUCUAUCUACUCAUUCCUGCCCUGGUCAAUCCACUGAUUUAUGGUCUAAGGACCACAGAGAUCAGAAUUCGGAUACUGAAAGUGUUCUGCCAGAUAAACAUAGGAUUGCACUUCAUGAGCUAA